AUGUCAUUCUAUAGCUAUAAAGACUUCAUAGAAGAAGGAGAUCUUGUACUUGCAUUCAUAAGUAGAGGAGCCACCAAACCAAUCAAUGUAACAAAGGGACAAGUUUUAAAUACAAGAUAUGGACAUUUCGAACAUGACAAAAUGAUUGGAAUGAGAUAUGGUUCACAAAUGGCCGGAGCAAAAGGGCAUGGGUUUAUACAUCUACUCCACCCAACUCCUGAAUUAUGGACUCUUUCAUUACCUCAUAGAACCCAAAUUGUGUAUUCUCCAGAUUCAUCAUAUAUUAUACAACGAUUAAGAGUAGGCCCUGGAUCUAGAAUUAUUGAAGCAGGAACUGGGUCUGCUUCCUUUACUCAUUCAUUUGCGAGAACAGUGGCUAAACAAGGAAGGGUUUUCACUUAUGAAUUCCAUGAACCUAGAUAUUUGGAAGCAAAGAAGGAAUUGGAAGAACAUGGAUUGACUGAGAAUACUAUGAUCACUCAUAGAGAUGUUUGUAAGAAUGGAUUCGAUAUAGAAAGUAUCCCAGAAGGGUUCACUCAAGAUGGGAAACUUGAUGGGGAUAUUGUAUUCUUAGAUUUACCUGCACCUUGGGAAGCAAUUCCUCAUCUCAAAUCAGUUAUUUCUUCAGAAAGACAAGUUGGUAUUUGUUGUUUUUCUCCUUGUAUUGAACAAGUUGAAAAAGCAGUGAAAGCAUUGGAAGAUGAGGGUUGGACAAGUAUAGAAAUGGUUGAAGUUGCAGGAAAGAGAUGGGAAGCAAGAAAGGAUAUGGUUAAGGAUGUAGGUGAUGUUAUUAAAAGAUUGAAAGAUAUUCAAAAACGUAAAUCUCAAGGUAUAGAGAAAUUAAGGAAUGUUAAUGUUGGAGAUAAGAGAAAUAUAGAUGAAACUUCUGAAGAGGCGUCUACUACUGAAACAACUCCUGAACCACCUAAGAAAGUUCAGAAUACUGGAAAAAGUUUUAAUCCAUUUGGUAAAGGAAUCCGUGUAAAAGAAGGUGAUGAAAAUUUCGAAUGGAGAGAUGUAACCAAAGUAGAAUCUGAAAUUAAGAGUCAUACUUCCUAUUUGACCUUUGCUUAUAUGAAUCCUAAUAGAAUUGUGUAG